AUGUCUUCACUUUCUUCACAGCCAGCGUACACGCUGGUUUUCGAUCCUUCUCCGACUAUGGAGACUUAUUCAAGCACAGAUUUUCAGAAAGCUCUUGAAAAGGGAUCUGACGAACAAAAAAUUGAUACAAUGAAAUCGAUUUUAGUUACAAUGUUGGAAGGGAAUCCAAUGCCUGAACUGUUGAUGCACAUCAUAAGGUUUGUUAUGCCUUCUAAAAAUAAGGAAUUGAAGAAGCUUUUGUAUUUCUACUGGGAAAUUGUUCCUAAAUUAGCUGAAGAUGGGAAAUUAAGACAUGAAAUGAUUCUUGUAUGCAAUGCCAUUCAGCACGAUUUGCAACAUCCUAAUGAAUACAUUAGAGGUAACACAUUAAGGUUUUUAACAAAAUUGAGAGAGGCCGAGUUGUUGGAACAGAUGGUUCCCUCCGUCUUGGCGUGUUUGGAAUAUCGUCAUGCAUACGUUCGUAAGUAUGCUAUCUUGGCUGUCUUCUCCAUUUACAAAGUGAGUGAGCAUCUACUUCCAGAUGCCAAAGAUAUCAUUAACUCGUUUAUAGUGGCUGAGACAGAUCCAAUAUGUAAAAGGAAUGCUUUCAUUGGGUUAGCUGAAUUGGAUCGUGAAAACGCUUUACAUUAUUUGGAAAACAAUAUUGCUGACAUAGAAAAUCUAGAUCCUCUAUUACAAGCUGUUUUUGUUCAAUUCAUUAGACAGGAUGCGAACAGAACCCCGGCUUUAAAAGCUCAAUAUAUUGAGUUAUUAAUGGAACUGCUCUCCACCACAACAUCUGACGAAGUCAUCUUCGAGACCGCAUUGGCUUUGACUGUGUUGUCUGCUAAUCCAAAUGUCUUAGUUCCUGCAGUUAACAAAUUGAUUGAUUUGGCUGUCAAGGUUUCAGACAAUAAUAUUAAGUUGAUUGUUUUAGACCGUAUUCAAGAAAUCAAUGCUAAUAAUGUAGGCGCCUUGGAAGAACUGACCUUGGACAUUUUAAGAGUUUUGAAUGCCGAAGAUUUAGAUGUUCGUUCAAAGGCUCUUGAUAUUUCAAUGGAUUUGGCUACAUCCAGGAACGCUGAAGAUGUCGUUCAGCUUUUGAAAAAGGAAUUGCAAACAACUGUAAGUAAUUCAGAUCAAGACAAGGCAAUGCAGUAUAGGCAAUUAUUGAUCAAAACUAUUCGCACCGUGGCUGUAAACUUUGUGGAAAUGGCAGCCGGUGUUGUUUCCCUAUUAUUAGAAUUCAUUCGUGACUUAAACUCUGUAGCCGCUAGUGGCGUUAUCACCUUUAUCAAAGAAGUGAUCGAGAAAUACCCACAACUUAGAGCCGAUAUUCUUGAGAAUAUGGUUCGCACCUUAGAUAAUGUCCGAUCUGCAAAGGCUUACCGCGGUGCGUUAUGGAUUAUGGGUGAAUAUGCUGAAGAAGAAAGUGAGAUACAACAUUGUUGGAAGCAUAUCCGUAAUAGUGUCGGCGAAGUUCCUAUUCUUAAAUCAGAAAUCAAAAAACUGACACAAAACCAAGAAGAUACCGAAGAAAAUGAAGAUGACGCUACCGCCAAACCAACUGGUCCAGUUAUCCUACCAGACGGUACGUAUGCCACUGAAAAUGCCUUCGACGUAAAGACUUCACACAAGUCAGUUACCGAUGAAGAACGUGACUCUAGACCUCCAAUUCGUCGUUUUGUUUUAAGUGGUGAUUUUUACACUGCCGCUAUUCUCGCAAAUACGAUCAUUAAACUAGUGUUAAAGUUUGAAAAAGUUUCUAAAAACAAAACUGUCACUAACGCCCUUAAGGCAGAAGCUUUGUUGAUUUUGGUUAGUAUCGUAAGAGUAGGUCAAAGUUCUUUAGUGGAGAAGAAAAUCGAUGAAGAUUCCUUAGAAAGAGUCAUGACAUCUAUUUCCAUUUUAUUGGAUGAAGCUAACCCUGAGGAAAAGGAGGAAGAAGUUAAGCUUUUGGAAGUUGCAUUCUUAGACACAACCAAAUCUUCAUUCAAGAAGCAAAUUGAAAUCGCAAAGAAGAACAGACAUAAGAGAGCUUUGAAAGAUAGUAACAAAAACAUCGAACCAAUUGAUAAACCAGUUUUCUUCAGGCAAUUUGCUGGUGCAGAUUCUACUAAUGUACAGAAAGAUAGUAUUGAGGAAGAUUUGCAAUUGGCUAUGAAAGGGGAUGCGAUCCACGCUACUAGCAGCUCUAGUAUUUCUAAGCUGAAAAAAAUUGUGCCUUUGUGUGGAUUUUCUGAUCCAGUUUAUGCUGAGGCUUGUAUCACAAAUAAUCAAUUCGAUGUUGUAUUGGAUGUUCUUCUUGUGAAUCAAACUAAGGAAACAUUGAAAAACCUACAUGUGCAAUUUGCAACUCUUGGUGAUUUGAAAAUUAUUGAUACACCACAAAAGACCAAUGUCAUUCCUCAUGGCUUCCACAAAUUCACUGUCACUGUUAAAGUUUCUUCCGCUGACACUGGUGUUAUUUUCGGUAAUAUUAUUUAUGAUGGUGCGCAUGGUGAAGAUGCCCGUUACGUUAUCUUGAACGACGUUCAUGUUGACAUUAUGGAUUACAUCAAGCCAGCCGCCACUGAUGAUGAACAUUUCCGUACCAUGUGGAAUGCAUUUGAGUGGGAGAAUAAAAUAUCAGUCAAAUCACAACUACCAACAUUGCAUGCUUAUCUGAAAGAAUUGGUUAAUGGAACAAAUAUGGGUAUCCUAACACCAUCCGAAUCGUUAGGAGAAGAUGACUGUAGGUUUCUAAGUUGUAACUUGUAUGCAAAAUCAUCUUUUGGUGAAGAUGCUCUAGCCAACUUGUGUAUUGAAAAGGAUUCGAAGACUAAUGAAGUCAUAGGUUAUGUCCGUAUCCGUUCAAAAGGACAAGGUUUAGCUCUGUCACUAGGUGAUAGGGUGGCAUUGAUUGCUAAAAAGACUAAUAAACUUGCCCUCACUCAUGUUUGA